GUGGGAGCCAGGAGACACGCACGGCCAGCUGGAGCAUCCCCGUUCCCCGCCCCCCCCGGAACAAACGACCCUUAUCGCGGAGACAACAACAUCGCACCUGGAGACUUAUCGACGAGAUCGACUCGAAGGUGUCGAAUCCCAGACAGAUCCUUCCCCGCGGCAGACAUGAUGCCAUUGUGUAGCGUCGUGGAGAAGAGCAACGGCGUGGUGGUGAGGGCUGAGCUGACCUGCAGCGUACAGGAAGAAAACAAGGCUCACGGAGAGAGCUACAGCGCCGACUGGCACAGCGUCAGCCUCGACGCGCGACCGCAGGACAGGCAGACGGUGAACGCCAACGACGACUCUCGCAGGGAGACCCUGUCCCGCCAGUGGCAGGCCCGUUCGCUGAAACAGACCUGUCCCUCCGGCGUCUUCAGAGUGGGCACAGUGGAGCGAGGCGUGAGGGAGCACCAGCUGCUGCCAAAGAGAAAAACUCUCCCCUUACCCAUCUUCACCCCGGCAGAGCUGGGCGUCAGGCUUGGGCGCGGAGCCCCGCACGCGGGGGAGGACCUGCCGCCCUUCCUCACCCCGGACGGCGCCUGCCCCAACAAGAAGAGCGUGGACGAGAUCACCAGAGACCUCCCCCCGGUCAAGCCCAAACUCAUGGAGUUCUUCAGAGGGCCCCGAGACCUGGGGCGCUCCGUGUCUCAGGAGGCCCAGAGAGGGUGAAAAGCCGAAAGAGAAAGGAGAGACGAGUUGGGUGACAGUUGGGAAAGAUUCGUCAUUGAGCUGUGUGUGUGUGUGUGUGUGUGUGUGUGUGUGUGUGUGUGUGUGUGUGUGUGUGUGUGUGUGUGUGUGUGUGUGUGUGUGUGUGUGUCAGGAAAGAGCAUGGAAAGAUAUAAAUAGAUGUAUCUCCAGUGACAUUCAUCAGAAACCUUAAGUAGUAGGUCUCUAGCACUGCUUGUGUAUGUUGGCGAGCGCACUAUUGGUCGGGGGGGGGGGGGGGAGCAUUUGGUGGUCAGUGGUAUUAGAAAUGUUGAAGUGGAGGCGUUGUGAGGGAGAGAAGCCGUGUCCCGGGUCGAUCUCUACCCGAGCUGCCCAGCCGCUCUCCCCACAUCACCAUUACUAUCACUACAAACCCGACUACACCUUCACUUCGCUGUGGGGAAUUUAUUUUGCGAUGAAGAGAGCCAACAAUGCUUGUAAAUGAAAAGUCCUCCUGCCGUUAUCAGGCCGAAGGAUAGUAGGUGGUGGCGAUGGGAUGUGAUGACGCAGAUGGAAAGAGGGAGAGAGCCAAAGGGGGAGGGCUUGUUGGAAAAAGUACCUUGAUGGGAGUCUCUGAUCUUUGAGAGUACAGAAUGCUCUGGCAUGAUCAGACACAGCGGUUGUACAUAAUGUGUGUGUGUGUGUGUGUGUGUGUGUGUGUGCUGACAUCUCUAAUCAAGAGGACGGAAACUAAUGACCUUGUGUAUUAAGUUAUCCGCCUUGUUAUUCAAGUGCAGCUAAUAUAUAUAUAUAUAUAUAUAUAUAUGUAUUGCAUAAGCUUUAUGUCUAAUAGAAGAAGAGAUCCUUUAUAAGCUAAGAUUUGUUUUGUGAACAAAUUUCAAAUGUGUGUAAUCGUGUUGAAAGAUUUUACAUAGAUAUUUAUAUUUUUGAAUAAAAGAUGAACUGCCCUGCUC